AUGGAAGAAGAAAAGUCAAAGAAGAGACCACUGGACCUGGACUCAACCUGGGACGUGAUUAUUGGCAGAGACGACGGCGAACCACCACCGUUAGUGAUCGUGAAAAACACACAACCCCAACCCUGGCAGAGUCAAAAAGAGGGGUUUGCUUCAUUGUCCGAUAAGAAGCUGGAUGAACAAAUUCAGAGAAACAGAAUUCAUUUUUUGGGGAUAGGUCCCACAUUGCCUGACAAAGGAGAGAAGCUUCGAAUUACUAUCAAGGCCAUGGAGGAAGAGCGCGAGCUACGAAAGCUUCGCCGCCCCACCCAAAUGGAUGCUGCUGAAUGUGACAAGCCCAAACACUCAACAGCUUCAAGUAGAAUUGAUGGGUUUGGACAAAAGGGUGCAUCAUCUCAAGACAAGAAUUCACAAUCCCAGUUUACUUCUAUUUUUAUUAGAAAGAUGGAAGAAAAUACAGAUUGUAGGGUAGGUAGUGCAUAUGAUAAAGAAUUGACGACCUUGGGUCAUUGUAAUCGCCAAAAUAUGAGAACUAAUGGAGGGUUAUCGCAAAAGAGAAGACAGAACGUACAGUCAUCAUCAAGACGGUUGCCUUUUCAAUGUGCUACCAGCGUCUCUACUAAUGGAGAUAGACGUGAUCCUGCUAACGUUGAUCAAAAGGGUAGGGCUUCUUCUGCUCACCUUUCGUGCCACAACAGAGAACGCUUCUUCAUCAAUUCCUCCAAGAAGAAGGAUGCUUGCCUAGUCCUGCCUUCAAAUGGUUCAAGGCGUAGGAAGGGUCCGACAGUUGUUGUCCUAGACGAAGAUGAACCUCAGCUUGUAGAGACAGCAGAGAAAGCAAAAGAACUUGCUGAAUAG